CCGACGUGCCGACACUCGAGUUCCCGCCGCCGCGAGAGACGGUCGGAAGACCACCCCGGAGGGGGCGGAAGGACCGCGCGCGCCGAUGCCAGUAGUGGCCUCCCACCAGGCGGCCCGGGUCCGAGAUAGUCGGUCAGUCAGUCAGUCAACCGGUCAGUCGGUCGGCCAGUCGGUAACCGAGACGAGAGUGACCCGAAGCCCGCUCGCGUCGCGACGCGGAAGAGACCGAUUUCCGCUUUCGCGCCUUUCCCUCUCCGUCCCUCGGAUGAGCGGGGCAGGGCUCGCGGACGGGAACCCGACCUGAUCCGGGGGUGGUCCGAGAGCGGUCCGAGAGCGGUCCGAGAGCGGUCCGAGACCGCGCCGUUAUGCGGGCCCACGAGGGAUUCGCGGCGACGCUGUUCCCGGUGCUGGUCGCCACCUUCGUGUGCCCCUCGACGUCGGAGGCACGCAGGGUCGCGCCGCUCCUGGAGGACGACUGGGCCAGGCGGCCCCAUCGCGCCGCCGAAUGUACGUUUGGCAAGCAAAUACGAGAAUUAGGCUCGACUUGGUUCGCCGAUUUAGGACCGCCCUUUGGCGUCAUGUAUUGCAUCAAAUGCGAAUGCAUUCCGGUGCAGAAAAAGCGGCGGAUCGUCGCCAGAGUCCAGUGCCGCAACAUCAAGAACGAGUGUCCCAAGCUGAACUGCGAGGAACCCGUGUUACUUCCGGGGCGAUGUUGUAAAUCCUGCCCCGGAGAUUACAAUGCCGACAUCGUUCAAGACUUACCCACUCAGAUGACCUCCGAAGAAGAGGAGAGAAGUCUAAAACAUUUUGGAACGCUACUUACCGGGAAAGCAUCGGUCCCGCUUCGUCGCGACGAUCCAACGACUUCGUCUCCAUUCAGCAACAACGCCUACAACUAUAUAGCUACCGGUCGGUUCACCUUCCACCGAAAAAAUCUGUACUACUCCUUCUAUUUGUCAGCCUCGACCCCAAGGCCGAGAACCCUGCAAUUCGUCGACACGUCGGGGAACAUCUUGGAGGAGCAAACCAUCAAUCCUGGCGGAGGGAUUUACCAGAACGCGACGGGCAAGCUCUGCGGAGUCUGGAGGCGAGUCCCGCGGGACUACAGAAAGUUACUCCGAGAGGAGCGCCUCCACGUCGCUCUGAUCUGGGAGCCAUCGGCAGUUUUAACGGGGAACCUCGCUCGCUACAAGGCUCUGUCCUCCGAGCAGUUCUCGUCCUUGUUGGAACCCAUCCCGGGAGUGGACAGAUCCCUGAUGGCCGGGUCCGGAGCGACGGCGAUCGUCUCGGCGUCGUCGGCGUCGGCGCCUUCGGUCCACGUCUCCCUCUUUUUCAACGGGGUCUUCCUCCCCAACGACGUGGCCGACGUGCCCAUAAUCGUCCAGUUGGAGCACCCGGACAAGGACUACGUGGUCCUUCGAGAAGAGAUCAUAAUAAAGAAGCCGUCCCAAGAGCUCAACUUCGGCGAAGUCCGCAGCGCCCUGUCCGGAGCCGAUCUGAGACUUCUGACGCGAGGAAAACUGGCCGUCAGCAUAUCCUCCAAAAAGGACCCUCAGGCUCUGAAACUGUCGGGACUGGUCGGGCCUCGCGCCACUUGCGACAUGUAUCAGACUCUGCUGUCGAGCGAAGUACCCUCGGUAGCUUCCGGCCUGGCCUGGGCUUUUCUGGACAGGUUGGGAGCUCUCAGGUACGGUGUCCAGCUGAUCGGGCUGGAAGACGAGAGUCCGCUGGUUACGCUGGUCGACGAGGGUGGGAAAAGACGGACGGAGUUGGAAGACCUCACUCCGUCUCUGGUCGGCGGGCUCGCCAACGGAUCCCUCGAACGGCCCGGGCCUCGUCUUCUGGAACCGUUGUUCAAUGGAGAAUUAUCGGUGGUCACGGCGUCUCACGUUGGAUCUCUCCUUCGCGGAAGACUCGUCCAGAGACCCGUGGCCGACGCGAGGGAUACCGCUGCUCCGGUUUUACUCCGACGUCUGAAUCCGGAGCCGGUAUUUCCAGGUCCGGUAGGCCUUGUGUGGGCAGCCGUCGACCUGGACUGUGCCCUGCACUACGAAGUCGAGAUUUCUGGCUUGGUAACUAUCGACAAGACUCUUAAGCUUUAUCUGGAAACGAUGCCACUGUUGGCACAAGGCGCUCCGGUUUCUCGCAGACUUCUCGAGGAAUUCACUGGCCCCACUCUGGAGGGUUCGGUCACCGGUCUCUCUCCCGUGGAGCUGUACAGGAUAGAAUCUGGAAUCGGCUUCCUGGAGGUGACGGAUAAGUCGGGCAACGGACUACUGAAAGCUCCCUUUAAGACCAGAGCUCCUCUCAGCUGCCUCCCGCACUAUGCGGACAACGACGUCGCCUCGGUGGUGGCCUACAACCUUCAUCCUCCGCGGUCGGACAUCGAAACGGGGACCUGUUUCCACGAAACCAGGUUUUACGAAGAGGGAACCCAGUGGACUUCCGCGUCGGAUCCUUGCUCCAUGUGCCAUUGCUACCGAGGACUGGCCCAUUGCGAUCCAGUCCCGUGUCCGACGUUGACUUGUCCACCCGAACAACAGGUCAAACCACUUACCGGGCACUGCUGUCCGAUCUGUACGGGAAACGGUACCGAUAACACCACCACGACUUCGGGUUGCACCCUUGCUGGACAACACCAUCCUGCGGGAGCUUCCUGGCAUCCUUAUCUUCCUCCUGCGGGAUUCGAUACUUGUGCAAUUUGCUCCUGCGAUCCCGUGACGCUGGAGGUGAAGUGUCCGCGGAUGCAGUGCCCGACGCUGGAGUGCGACGAGAAGGUGGCCUUCAGGGUGGACAAGAAGGCCUGCUGCCGACAGUGUCCGACGGCGACGGCGACGCCGGGUCUCGCGGGAGAUCUGCUCCCCCGAGACCAGGCCGGGACGCCCGCGACGUCCGGUCGGCGCUCCUCGGAGGAGAUCCUGGCCUCGGGAGGAUGCAAAUACCCGAUGGGCGGCCCAUACGAGAACGGCAGGGAGUGGCACCCGCGUAUUCACUCGCACGGCGAGAUGAAGUGCGUCAAAUGUCGAUGCAAGAACGGCGAGGUGAAGUGCGACCGGAAGAGAUGUCCCCGGUCCUUGUGCAACUCGAUCGCCCACCAGAUGAAGCGCGGAGGGGCCGUGGCCGAGGGCGACGACUGCUGCACGGCGCAGUGCCGGCGCGCCCGCCGCCACCACCGCGCCCACCACCAGAAGCACUCCGUCACGCCGAGGGAGCUGAGCUGAACCGCGGCCCCGACCCCGGGGUCGACUUAGCCCCGGGACCCACUGCACCGCCAUGACACCCGGGCGCUCUCCGAGAGCCUGGUCCUCGGGAACCACUUCGAACCUAGGUUGCGUUUUUUCUCUCGACCGUCGACGACCGAGCAAAAUGGCUCAAGAGAGUUCUCCGAGGGAAUUUGGCCCGUUGUCGGGGCCUAGGUGCGCGAAACCUUCCACGCGACGCUCGAUCGUCCGAUUUCCGGAGGACGGACCCGGAAUCGUUCCUCCACCGGAGGAGCCCUCGGUCCUCGGGGUGCCAGAGACGAGCGGGGUUGGCGAAAAGGAGGCACGGCUCGCUAGCGCCGUGGAAUUGCCUUAAAAGGGGCGAAAUGUUCUCCAUCGGUAAAGAACGUCGCCUUUUCGAUUUCGACGUUAGGGCCAAUGUAGGUUGGGAAAGAAUACCGUGAACCCCAAUUAAAGCUUUUGAGAUUACGGCGCGGCACCCACGCAUAGCUUGUUUUACCGAUCGCGAAGAUUUCGCCCCAUUGAAAGCAGUUCCAAUUUUUACAGGGGGUAAAGGGUCGUGCCUCGCUUUUAAACAAUGGCCUGAAAUAUCUCCCCGUUCAUCUCAGGGGGUACCAAGAGAACGGUGCAAAAGUGCACUCGCGUUACACUUUAUUAACUAGGAACGGGGCAAAAUGAUCGCAUGCGAAAUUACGGUCUUAUUGUGAGUAAAGAAAUGACUAUUUAAACUCUACCGUGAAAAGUAACGAAUUGGGAUGAAAAGGGUACAGUUUUCGCCCUUUAGUCGCCUUGAUACUUUCCAAUUUCGAUUUUUGGAAUUCAUUGAGUUACGAUCUUGUCAACAGCCUGUCUUGGAUAUAAGGUCUGUUUGCCCAUUUUGUCUUAAAUUAAUCUGAACUUCCGGUGUACCGAGGCCGCAUCGAUGUUAAAAAUUUGCAUAAUUAUUAUUUUCUUUUUGAAAGAAAAUUUAAAUCGUUAAGUUUCGAGUACAAAGACCUAAAAACCUCGUUUCUCGUAAAAAGUGGACUUAACGACUUUUUUCCUUUACACGGUAAAACGUUACGUUGAUGCAUAAAAUGAUGAAAUGAUUACGCUUGAAAUUGGAACAAAUCAUAAUAGAUAAAUUAUGUUCUUAGAAUGAAGGAAUGAAUAUGUAUUAAUAGCAAAGAAACCGUUCUCUCGAUAUCGUUGACGCAACGUGCAAGUAAACCGUUCUAGCAUUAGGCACUAAUAUUGCAAUAGGAGUAUAACGGAUUUAGCAGAAUUAUUAUUUAAAUAUUAACUUAAUGCUUGUUAUAUUCAAUAAUUUUCUGAUUUUAAAUUCCACGAAACUACUUUCGACAGGAGAAGAUAUAAAGCAUUGCUUGUUUUCGAAGAAACGAGAUCUAACGACAUGUCUGUCCCACCGUUCUACCGUUACCGCAAUCCGAGAUAGUAGAUCCGCUCCGAUGGAAAAGAACAUUAAAUUAAUACAGUCUACGGAAGUCUGUUAAUUUGAGCGAGACAUGGGGAUUUACAAGAAGGUAUCAAAAUAUCGGAAACAAACGACUUGGAUACGUCUAAAUUGUACCAAUGCAUUUUAGUGACGCCCGAGUGUUGCGUGGAUGGUUAUCGUCCUUAAGAAGCUCCUUUAAGUUAAAAUUGUGACAUUGUUCCUUUUCCGUUCUCGGGUUUUAGAGGGUUUGAAGACUGUCACGUAAAACGAUUCCAAGAUGUUAGAAACCAAAUUGAAACGAUAAGUAGGCUUACCCCGAACUGCAGUUCUGCGGCUGUAAAAUGCGCGAUGGCAGCGUCCGCGGAUGAAAAUUGACAUCGCAGGAUCCAAUCGGCAUUUUAAGGAGUCAUUUAAACGAACGCACUCCGAUCCUACUAUUAAAAUAAGUUCGUUCGUGUAAACGUCAUCUCGUGGACGAAAUCUGUUGAUGAUCCGUUAUCCUUUCACUGCGGUGUCUGAAAUUUCAUCUGUAGACGCUGACUGUAAGCCGCGCACGAGCAUAAAUCUCCAGGAGACAUUCCGUGAAUAUACCGUGGAUGCGUACCAUUUAGAAUAUGAUCGUACAUUGGCGAACGCGAAUGUCUUCCCAUCGUAGAUUGGCGGCACCAUGUCCGCGACAAAGGCGUUCGUGUCCGCCAAUGUACAAUUGAAAGACGAAAAUAACGUCCACUGUUUUUUCUUUUCAUCCAGUCCCGGGGACGAAGCCGGUAAAGCUCCGUCAAAAAUAGGCGUUAACAAAAUUAAACAAAGAAUAACGUUUCUUCUUAAAUGCUUAACCCAUUGAAUCCCGCAACGAGUAACCGAAGCUACCGCAUUCCUCUUUGCAUUUUUCACCGAAUCUUUCAAUGAGAACGAGGUCCUUGGUAAUUCGAAAAUUUGGACCCUCUAAGCUCCUAUCAUUCUUGGAUCGGUGAACGUUCCCUCGAUAUUUUCCGAGAUGCAUAAUCUGCACGUAGGACGUUGACUUCGCGGAGACGAAACGAGCCCAUGCCGGACACGUCCAGAUUUUUCUGACCCCGAGUGCGUACAAGAAGCACCGUCGGGUAUCUUAUAUGGAUUGACCGCUGAAUUGGACUAAUUCUAAAACAACGAGACAAGUGGAAAGGAGCAUUUCAGUAAGAGAGAUUAUGAAUUCAUCGUCUAGCUCUCCAACUCGUGCAGCGCGCACCCACGAGACUCGGCCAAGACGAUUUAUUAAUAAAUUGGGCUCGAUUAGCUGAUAAACUGAACGGAAGUCGACGAUCCUGGUGUACGUGACCCCGCGGUAAACCGCUUCCAUUGGAAACCAAGAGACAAAGUGGGCAAGCUGAGAAACAUGCGAAACGUUGACCAAGGAAAGAGUCCACCUCGCUGCACCCACCAACCCUACCAAGUUGCCCAGCAACCAAAGAAGACUGAAUAACCUCGACGGCGACAUUAGUUAUCAUUAUGCGAUUGCUAACGUUUAAUAAUAACUUCGGCUUACUAUUAUUAUUACCGUUAUUGUCGUUAGUCUUAGGUUUAAGCGUUAACGUUAACACUUAUCGUCCCUCGAUCCAACCCGGUCCCGCUUCUAGCCUCUUCUUUCUGGAACCGCUCUCCUUAGAGUCUAGACUUCUUCCAAGUUUCCCUGGAACACGCCAAAACAGAAUUAUUGUAAAUAAUAGCGUCGUAAUAUUCGAUUUAUAGAUAAUUAGAUGUAUCGUCGCUUUUGGAGGAAGUAGGUCAUAUAUCACAUAAAAUGAUAUAGUUCAAAGAGCUCCCGCUCACGACCAAUAAUUUAGUGGAUCGAAACAUUCACGGUGGGUACCUGUAAAAUGUCGCACACGGGCAACCGAAAAGGUGGACCGAUCAAAAAAAUGGAACGCGUUUCAUUUUUCUACCGACUUAACGCAGAUGCGGAGAUUGGCUUCGGAUGUUAACCCUUUAAUUACAAAACGUCAUUAAAGUGACUUCCGCCUGAUCGACGUUUUUUUACGAAGCGCCACUAUAGUGGUCCCUUUCAUUCCCACGUAUUCAAAGCACCAAAUGAAUAUUGUAUUCUGAUAAAAUAUUAACACUUUGUGACCGAGCUAUCCAUACAGGUGGUACAAGGUGGUUAAAGGGUUAAAUGAAUUACCGUCGCGUGCGGGAGCUCUACGGUAAAACCGUCACUCCGCGACACACCCUACUUCAUUCUACAAGAUCGCCUAAAAAUCAACCCGGGAAUAAUAUAGACGUCCCUCGUAUCGUUAGUAAACUCUCUUUUGUAUUUAUAGACGCUCGCUUGGAAAUUCAGCUGCAAUUACUGGUCCAAUAUGAAGUAAAACGCGGACAGCUCGCUCUUAAGCCUUCCUCGACUUCGUUAUUAUAUCGUUGCCAUAAUAUAAGGGAAACGCAGUUGUAUUUAUUUGUAGGAUUAACGUUCUCGAUGGCCAUCAGCGGUUCAGGGAAUCGCGCAAGUCCCCGAAGAUUACUCCGAAUAUUUGGGACGCAGCUGCGCCUGAUAAUAGACCCUGAAUCGGUACGCUUCGUUGUUAUCGAAAAUUCGAUGGUAAGAAACUUAUGGUGGUUAAAACUAACUUGCUAAGGGAAUCGAGCUAUAUCGAGCGAACGUUAUGCAUCGCCUCUGCUACACCCUGUAAUGAUAUCAAAUUCGAUGACGUGGGUCAUCGAAUUUGUUUAUUAGCGCGAGUCAAAAUAGUCUUCCCAGGAAUAAAUGCACUUAGUGUCUACGGUCGGAACUACUAUUACAAAGAGUUAUUUACAUUGACUUUGCAUGCAGUUGCAAACUCAAUAACGUUGGCUAAACGGUUUAAUCCGUUUUUAUAUACCGUAUUGACAAUUGUGUACGAAACGUACACGAGGGGGCGAAUGCGCCGAAUACUCUAAUUCUUCCUUCUCAGUAAUUUGUAAUCCCUGUUCUUUUUCAUUUAAUUCAGUUCCGAUCCAUUAUCAAAAUCGGAAACAUAUCGGUACAUAAAACAUCCGACAUUAAUAACUUCGAAGCCGCUAAAUUUUGGUCUAUGAAAUGAAGCCGAAAAAAUCACCCCGUGCCCGUAUAUUGUAAAACAUGGUGCCUUUUUAAAAAUAAGAAAAUAAGUGUAUUUUUAAAAGCAUGUACUCCGGCAGUCAUGAAUGCCUUCGGAAUUCUUUGAAAUAACUUUCUGGACAACCCCGACGCAAGCUUUAAGAAAACUCUAAAACGUUGACCGACAGUCCAGUGACGUUCACAGUCAGAUGUCGCCGUCUCACAGAGACUAGAGGCUCCUCUAUUUUCUUAUACGUAUACAUAAGUCCGAAAUUCCAUGCAGAAACGUUUGCGCGGGGCCAACGUGCAUUAUCGAGGUUAGCAACCGUUAGGACGAGUCGUUAUUGCACGUUAUCGCGAUACCAGCCCCGCUUUGCGACUCGAUCUGCUGCUGCACCGGCGUGCGACGACGUAAAAGAAAUGCCAACGAUGCGUGCAAAUUGUUGCGUCAAGCUAGGUACACAUCUGAACGCGAACGCGUAUGGGACAAGGCGAGGCAUGUGUACGCGGUAACGAACAAAAUCGUUGGAGACAACGAGCGGACAUCUCGACGAAUGGCAUUCGAACAGCCUCGAAUGGUGUUUCGAACGAUCCGAGGCAGGUUGUCGCAUUUCAAUCGUUUGGCCACCCUCGUAUGUUUGCCUUGUCUUGUCCGCCUUCGCGCUCGGAUGCGUACACAGCUCUAAUUGUACGCAACCUAUAAAUGCCGGUACGCGAGGAGCAAAGAUCGCACGCAUCUCGUUCACAAUGGUACACGGAUCAUGUGCAUCGAUCGGCGUCAUUGUUACGUAGAAUUUAAGGCUACGAGUAAUCAUUUACCGAUAUAUUGUACAUACGUAUAGACAACUGCGCGACGAUGGUUACUAAUAUUAUUAUUUUAUAUUAUAAUUUUCAUUAUUAAUAUUAUCGAUGUGUAUUAUUUAAAGCGUCGAGACGCGGCGUUAUUAUAUGAUAAUGCGAUUCCCGGUAAUUACCACGAACGAUGAAGCGUGAAUGUUGCGUGCCUCGUCUAUCGAGAAAGAGGACAAACUAUGGACGGCAUUGUCACAAGAUAAGAGCAAGUGGAGAGCACGACAGGUUUGUCGGUCCUCUUCGAUUCCACUCGAACGAUUUUCCCAAGGCUUGCGAUCGGUUCGGAUCGCGUACACGAAGAUCUUGAAAUUCCAUCAAAUUUCCGUGAUAGGGUACGAUUUUUUUACAUUCUAAAUGUGUCGCAUUGAUUCUAGAAGAAGCAAUUUUGAGCAUUUCUUGUCAUUUUGUUUUUCAACUUUGUUAUCGCCUGUUUAAUAAACAUUAUUGGCCAGUUAGUGACGUUGAUCCGUUUAUUCACGAGGCAGGAAUAUUCCGCUAAAAUAUUUAUAAAAUUGCCAGAAUUUCCGCCGCCCUCUGUACUUGGGGAACGCGGCCAAAUGACGAGAGCAACGAUAUAUUUGCAUCUCCGUUUUACGGUACUGUACCAUAUAGCACCGACUGUGGUGGCUAAAAGUUACAUAAAAAUGACUAUGGCCAUCGUUAAGCGAUCUCCAUAGGAAUUUCAAGGUCUAUGUGUACGACCGUGACUCAACCAGAAGAAUGCACCGAUCGUUCCGGGCAUGGACGUGGAAUAUACGGACCCCGUACAGUGUCGGUCAUGAAUACCUUCUUUCAUGCCCUGGCGGCAUCAUAUCAAAGCAAUAGCAAAGAAGGCAUUCGUGUUCGACACUGUACACCGAUCCGUCUAUGGAGGCAGCGGAACCGAAAGAGACGGAACAGAGGGCUGUUUUCUCGCUCCUGUUCUUCCUCUUUAUUUUUGCGCGAAACGGUUGCACGGCGUAACGUUGCAAAAGCCUACUUAACGCCAAGAGCAAUUUCAACGUUCACAAGAAUACCAAGGGCAUACCAAUGGUUGGGUUUUCGGAAUCGAAAUGUUGCUGGAAAUUAAGAAAGAAAGUUCACAAAAGUCUGUUGAAUUUGCAAAGUUCAGUCUACUCAACCAUGAUGGGUUUUAUUGGAUGACGAUUUUUUUUCCAUGUAGUAUUUGUUAGUCUCGUGACGCUGCUCUUCCGCGGUCCGAAGCGAGCAACGAAACGAGGAAUUGCAGACGGCGUUUUUAUUCGAUGUACUGCGAGAAUUAGCAUAUAUGCAUGUAGUGUCGCCGACAUUCGCUUUUGUACGACUGCAUGGAAACCUUUUUCAAAUAAUUGCCUUUAAGCGGGUCGUUCACUUCGGAUAAAACGUUCUGAAUUUAAAAUAUUUUGCGUAAUUAAUGGUAGAUUGUAACGACGAGACUAUAUAUGGAUUUCUACCGCUUUCAGGCAAGCUUGUAUUACACUGUCGGUAUUUUCGUUGUUAUGUGACUGUAUGUGCAUAUGUAUAUAAACUCUCUAAAUGGAAAAUAUUAAAUGAAAAA